AAGAAUAAAUACAUUAAUAUUGCUAAAAUUAGACAUGAUGAACUGUAUUGCUUCCUAAGAUUAAACUAUACACUCAUACACAUUCCAAAUUUUGAUAAGAACUCUUCAUAAAAUUAUGUUUAAGUUUCUUUUGCCAUUUUUAUUACCCGAAACUAAAACAAGAUGGUUAUUUUAGAUACGUGUUCAGCUGUAAUAUUAUGCGCGUUAAAUUAUAUUUUAUUAUUGAGAAUAUUUAUAAAAAUUUUUUGAGACUUUCCAUGAACGUAAAUCAUUCGAAUGCACUAAACUUCCAAAAUUUAGUUCUUCGAAUGAUCACGAUGUGGCGUUUAGCUAACAUUUGCAUGUUAGCAUCAUUUAGAAUGGACUGUGUGUACAAAGAAGCAAAUGAAAGCUGAGAUUAUCUCGUUUAUGCUAUAAAAUGAUUCCUUACGCAUCACACUAUUUUUUGAUCGCCUACAUCAGCGUUGUAAGCUCAAGUGGCAUCGAAAUUGUCCCACCAAAGAUUCAGACAUUUAAUUUUCCUACUGAUUUGAGAGUAGGUCAGAGUGCCAAAGCUAUUUGUAGCGUGAAAGAAGGUUUAGGGCCCUAUGAUUUUCGCUGGACUAAAGAUAAUCUCGAAAUAACAUCAACAUCCGAGAUCACCUAUCAGGUCUUCGACGAUUAUUCUAUCCUAGUCAUAGAAAAAUUAGCACCGGCACAAAUUGGUAAUUACACGUGUAGAGUGACUUCUUCUUCUGGGUCCGAUCAAUUUACCGCCUCUCUUAUGAUAAAUGCACCACCAAGUUGGAAAUUCGAACCUCGGGAUCUAACCAUUUCGGAAGGUAAAAGUUUUAACAUAUCGUGCGAAGCGGUUGGUUAUCCCAAACCCCUUGUUCAAUGGAAAACAGGUAUUUAUGGUUAAUCAAAAGCAUGGCGAAA